CGCGCACUUCCUUCAUUUAGAUGUGCACAAAAAAAUAUUUAUAUUUUGUUUCCUAAAAAUAAAUAAAGAUUUUUUAUAUUUAUGUUCUCGAAUACCAAUUAUAAUUGUGUUAAGAAGUUUAUUUAUUAGUUUGUGCUACAAAAAAGACGCAAUACAAGUAAUAAAGUGGUGAAUUAAACAAUAAAAUGAUGGAUGUUGAUGCAACAAGUCUUGAGCAACAUGAUUUGGCUUAUAAACUCGAAGUAGUCAAUAUUAUUGAUGCCUGUAGGAUUUGUAUGGCUCAAACGUUGAACAUGAGCAGUUUAUUCAACACUGAUAAAGAAAACAUCGUCGAUGAGAUACAUUUUUGUACAGGAAUUAUCAUCAAAGAAGAAGCAGGUCUCCCAACACAAAUAUGUGAGCUAUGCCGCAAUAAUCUCUCCGUAGCCUACAAAUUCAAAACCACCUGUUUAAUAGCAGACAAGACAUUCCGCAACCUGGUUCUACCGAAAAUAAAGGAUGAGGUGCCAGAAUCAGAUCUCACAAAUUUAGAUUAUGAUGCGAUUGAGUUUAAAGAUGAGGCAGGGAACGAUGAAUUGGCUGAUGAGGAUGUGAAGACGGAGAAUGAGAUGGAGACUGCAGACGAUGUUAUAGAAGAGAGUAGUCUGUUGAAGGUGAAAGCUAAAGGACCUCCAAAGAAGGAAGCUGGUGGCAAAGCCAAGCCGAGAGGCAAGAGGAUGAGGAGGUUCAAAUUCAAGAGGUUAUUCUGUGAGGCUUGUAAUCUCAAGUUCGAUAACAAGGAACAAAGCGACAAUCAUAAGAAAGAAAUGCAUAAGGAUGAUAUCUGGAUCUGUGAGGUGUGUGGUAAAAAGUUCAUCCAUCGGGCUUCACAUUACACGCACAUAAAGUCCCACCAGCCGCCCAACUUUGGCUGCGACCAAUGUGAUUACAAGACGUGGCACAAAUCCGACCUUGUCAAACACGUUAGGAUACAUGCUGGUUUAAAACUCUACCAGUGUGAGUUCUGCAGCACAUCGUACUACACAUCAUCGAACCUGACCAGCCACAUCCGAAGACUGCACAUGAAGGAGCGCCUCUACAGCUGCAGCAUGUGUAAGCGCAACUUCUUCGACAAGACCAAGCUGAAUCGACACCUGGAUUCACAUUUUGAUAUUAAAAGGUUCGAAUGCAACGUAUGCCACGCAAGUUUCACGCGCCGCUGUUACUGGAAGAAGCACCUUCUCCGGCAGCACGACAUCGUCACCCCCCCUCAAAGACCAGGCCGGCAGAAGACCAAUGUGGUGAUAGGAGACUAUCUGGAGAAGCAGUCUGUUGGAGACUUCUACCAGAAAGGCAAUUUGGUGGAUAGUAAGAAGUUAUAGCAAUAAUUGUUUUAAAAAAAUAUGGAGUGUGGAUUGUGG